AUGAAAUUGGAAGGCAGGCAUCCAUAUAGAUAAGAUAGUAAACGCAGCAGCAGGUGAGGAGUGAGGACCGUGAGGUGAAUAGAAAGAAAGAAAGAAAGAAGAAAUGCCAAGCUUGAAUCUAUUCACGAAUGUGCCAGUGGAUGCAGUAAUCGCCUCUGAUAUUCUCAAGGACGCCACCAAAGCUGUCUCCAAAAUCGUUGGCAAACCCGAGUCUUAUGUGAUGAUUUUGAUUAAUGGUGGAGUGCCUAUUGAAUUUGCGGGCACGGAAGAGCCAGCUGCAUAUGGAGAAUUGGUCUCCAUUGGGGGACUUGGACCAAGCGUUAAUGCAAAAUUGAGUUCAACAAUUGCAGACAUUCUUCAAACUAAGCUAUCUAUACACAGCUCCCGCUUUUAUAUUAAAUUUUAUGAUGUUCAGCGAUCUUUCUUUGGGUUCAAUGGCUCAACAUUUUGAUGAGAAAGGUUCUGGGUAAUGGAUACAUGGAAAUCUGAAAGCUUCAAGCCAUGGGCCAGAGCCUGCUGCAGGGCUAUUCUUGGUCUCAGUUGUACUCUUUCUUUAGGGAAGAGAUAACCCAUGUAUUUGAUUAUAAUGAAACAAAUAUAAAUACUCUUUUGUUAUUUAAGUUGGGAACUGAUUUCCUGA